CAUGGCCGCUGCCCCUUGAGCCCGGCAGGUGCUGACCGGGAGCGGGUCUCGUGAGCUGUUUGGCGGCCAGGGGCAGGGGUACGGAGACGGUGUCCGGGCCUGGGUUCCGAGGCGGCGCGCGGCGGCGGAGCGAGACAGGCGGCCCGGGGCGGCGUGGUCCAUGAGCCGGCGCCGGAGGCAGCGCGGAGCCGCAGACUCCCCUAGCCCCGGCGCGGCCCGGGCUGCCGCGGGCUGAGGAGUCGCGGGGCUCCGGGGAUCGCCCCGAGCUGCCACCAUGAACCCCGAGAAGGAUUUCGCGCCGCUCACGCCCAACAUCGUGCGCGCCCUCAAUGACAAGCUCUACGAAAAGCGGAAGGUGGCAGCACUGGAGAUCGAGAAGCUGGUCCGGGAGUUCGUGGCCCAGAACAACACCGUGCAGAUCAAGCAUGUGAUCCAGACGCUGUCUCAGGAGUUUGCCCUGUCCCAGCACCCGCACAGCCGGAAAGGGGGCCUUAUCGGCCUGGCCGCCUGCUCCAUCGCGCUGGGCAAGGACAUCGUGACGGAGAGCAACAAGUUCGACCUGGUGGGCUUCAUCCCCUUGCUGCGGGAGAGGAUUUAUUCCAACAACCAGUAUGCCCGGCAGUUCAUCAUCUCCUGGAUCCUGGUUCUGGAGUCCGUGCCAGACAUUAACCUGCUGGAUUAUUUGCCAGAGAUCCUGGAUGGACUCUUCCAGAUCCUGGGCGACAACGGCAAAGAGAUUCGGAAAAUGUGUGAGGUGGUCCUUGGAGAAUUCUUGAAGGAAAUUAAAAAGAACCCCUCCAGUGUUAAGUUUGCUGAGAUGGCCAACAUCCUGGUGAUCCACUGCCAGACCACGGAUGACCUGAUCCAGCUGACAGCCAUGUGCUGGAUGCGGGAGUUCAUCCAGCUGGCCGGCCGGGUGAUGCUACCCUACUCUUCUGGGAUCCUGACCGCUGUCUUGCCCUGCCUGGCCUACGAUGACCGCAAGAAGAGCAUCAAGGAGGUGGCCAACGUGUGCAACCAGAGCCUGAUGAAGCUGGUCACCCCCGAGGACGACGAGCCCGACGAGCCAAAGCCAGUGGUUCAGAAGCAGGCAGAACCCAACCCUGAUGACUCCUUGGCAAAGCAGGAGGGAACAGCCAGUGGAGGGCCCGAUGGUUCUUGUGACUCCAGCUUCAGUACCGGCAUCAGUAUCUUCACUCCAGCCAGCACCGAGAGGGCCCCGGUCACCCUCCACCUCGACGGGAUUGUGCAGGUGCUGAACUGCCACCUCAGCGACAUGGGCAUCGGGAUGAUGACCAGGAUCGCUGUCCUCAAGUGGCUCUACCACCUCUACAUCAAGACCCCCCGGAAGAUGUUCCGGCACACAGACAGCCUCUUCCCUAUCCUACUCCAGACGUUAUCAGAUGAAUCCGACGAGGUUAUUCUGAAGGAUCUGGAGGUAUUGGCAGAAAUUGCUUCCUCCCCCGCAGGCCAGAUGGAUGACCCAGGCCCCCUUGAUGGCCCUGACCUCCGGGGCAGCCACUCAGAGCUCCAGGCGCCCACCCCUGGCAGAGCCGGCCUCCUGAAGACUCCUGGUACCAAAGGCUUGGAAUGUUCUCCUUCGACUCCGACCAUGAACUCCUACUUUUACAAGUUCAUGAUCAACCUUCUCAAGAGGUUCAGCAGUGAACGGAAGCUUCUGGAGGUCAGAGGCGGCUUCAUCAUCAGGCAGCUCUGCCUCCUGCUGAACGCGGAGAACAUCUUCCACUCGAUGGCGGACAUCCUGCUCCGGGAGGAGGACCUCAAGUUCGCCUCGACCAUGGUCCACACCCUCAACACCAUCCUGCUGACCUCCACUGAGCUCUUCCAGCUGCGAAACCAGCUGAAGGACCUGAAGACCCCGGAGAGCCAGAACCUGUUCUGCUGCCUGUACCGCUCCUGGUGCCACAACCCAGUCACCACGGUGUCCCUCUGCUUCCUCACCCAGAACUACCGGCAUGCCUACGACCUCAUCCAGAAGUUCGGGGACCUGGAGGUCACCGUGGAUUUCCUCACGGAGGUAGACAAGCUGGUGCAGCUGAUCGAGUGCCCCAUCUUCACAUAUCUGCGCCUGCAGCUGCUGGAUGUGAAGAACAACCCGUACCUGAUCAAGGCCCUGUACGGCCUGCUCAUGCUUCUGCCCCAGAGCAGCGCCUUCCAGCUGCUCUCCCACCGGCUCCAGUGCGUGCCCAACCCCGAGCUGCUGCAGACAGGAGACGGUCUGAAGGCAGCCCCCAAGUCACAGAAAGCAGACUCCCCGAGCAUCGACUACGCCGAGCUGCUGCAGCACUUUGAAAGGGUCCAGAAGAAGCACCUGGAAGUGAGGCACCAGCGGAGUGGGCGUGCGGAUCACCUGGACCGGAGGGUUGUCCUCUGAUAGGCCUGCCCUGGAGAAGGGCCCAAGGAGUGGUCCCAUGGAGCACUUGGGGUCUUCAGGCCCCCUCCCCUCAGAGCCCGAGGACCUGCCUCAGGGGCAGGGCUGGUCCUGGCCACCAGCGCAGGGCAGGGUAGGGGGCUGGAAGCUCUGUCCACCCAAGCUCCCCUCACAGGCCCUCCAGCGCAGUCAGCUGCACUCUGGCAUUCAGACAGAGCUGGCUUCCCGCCAGGGUGAGGCCGCAGCCUCAGACGCCCCCAUUUUCUGGAAUCGGGUUCUUUCUAAUGCCCUCUUGUAAAAGAGCUUGACCUCCCCAGCGCACCAGAGCUCUGGCCUCCUGUGGAUGUGUGUGUACAUAUGUGUAUACACAUCUGUGCACAUAGGGACCAGCACAGAGGUCCAUAUGAACGGCGCACCCUCUGCCCCAAUAAAGAAACGCAAC